GGAUAUCUGCCUUGGGACAGAGCCAUGACCAGUCUUGAGCCGGAUAGAAGGCUGGACUCCACACUCUGACUGAAACCUCCAACCUCAAGCACAAAGUAAGUAGGGCCAAAACCAUAAUACGAUCAAGGGCCAAAACAGUAGAGAGAGAGUGGAAAUGCAUGCUCCUAGACCACAACAUUGUGCUUGAUAUGCCCGUUCUUAACUGGGUUGUCAUUACAACAAAUUAUAGGCCUAUGUUCCCACAUGUCAACCAAUCAGGGAGACACCAGAUCAGCGGCCGGUCAGUGUAUUGUUUGGGCUACUGGCUGCUCUCUCUGUCUGGCUGCGUCUCAAACGACACCCUAUUCCCUAUAUAUUGCACUACUUUUGACCAGGGCUCAUUUGGGGAUCAUUGAGGACUCAGCCUCUGUCUAUCUGGCUGCAGCACAACCAUGCUUACAUGACCUAUUGACCGCUGGGCCUUCUCCAUCCACCAUCCAUCUGAUCCAUCCGGCCUCUUCAGCACAUUCCAUUCCACGCGGAUGGAUACGUCAAGUGAACCGGUCCGACUACAGCACUGCCCUGGCCCUACCGUAACCCUGGCGACCUGGCUGUUAACGUAAACACCAGGCCUGACCUUUCACCUCUCGGCCUUACCUACUUAUCUGGGUAACCCUGGGAAGGUCUGGCCUGGCUCGGACGUCAUAGCCACGGUUUCCUGGUCUCUCUCUCUUUCUGUCUCUGUCUGUCUGUCUCUCUGUUUCUCUCUCUGUCUGUCUCUGUCUCUCUCUCUCUCUCUCUCUCUCGCUAUAUAUAUAUAUAUAUAUAUAUAUAUAUAUAUAUAUAUAUAUAUAUAUAUAUAUAUAUAUAUAUAUACAUACAGUGAGGGAAAAAAGUAUUUGAUCCCCUGCUGAUUUUGUACGUUUGCCCACUGACAAAGACAUGAUCAGUCUAUAAUUGUAAUGGUAGGUUUAUUUUAACAGUGAGAGACAGAAUAACAACAAAAAAAUCCAGAAAAACGCAUGUCAAAAAUCACAUACAGUGAGGGAAAUAAGUAUUUGACCCCUCUGCAAAACAUGACUUAGUACUUGGUGGCAAAACCCUUGUUGGCAAUCACAGAGGUCAGACAUUUCUUGUAGUUGCCCACCAGGUUUGCACACAUCUCAGGAGGUAUUUUGUUCCAUUCCUCUUUGCAGUUCUUCUCCAAGUCAUUAAGGUUUCGAGGCUGACAUUUGGCAACUCGAACCUUCAGCUCCCUCCACAGAUUUUCUAUGGGAUUAAGGUCUGGAGACUGGCUAGGCCACUCCAGGACCUUAAUGUGCUUCUUCUUGAGCCACUCCUUUGUUGCCUUGGCCGUGUGUUUUGGGUCAUUGUCAUGCUGGAAUACCCAUCCACGACCCAUUUUCAAUGCCCUGGCUGAGGGAAGGAGGUUCUCACCCAAGAUUUGACGGUACAUGGCCCCGUCCAUCGUCCCUUUGAUGCGGUGAAGUUGUCCUGUCCCCUUAGCAGAAAAACACCCCCAAAGCAUAAUGUUUCCACCUCCAUGUUUGAUGUUGGGGAUGGUGUAAUUGGGGUCAUAGGCAGCAUUCCUCCUCCUCCAAACACGGCGAGUUGAGUUGAUGCCAAAGAGCUCGAUUUUGGUCUCAUCUGACCACAACACUUUCACCCAGUUCUCCUCUGAAUCAUUCAGAUGUUCAUUGGCAAACUUCAGACGGGCCUGUAUAUGUGCUUUGUUGUACAGGGGGACCUUGCGGGCGCUGCAGGAUUUCAGUCCUUCACGGCGUAGUGUGUUACCAAUUGUUUUCUUGGUGACUAUGGUCCCAGCUGCCUUGAGAUCAUUGACAAGAUCCUCCCGUGUCAUUCUGGGCUGAUUCCUCACCGUUCUCAUGAUCAUUGCAACUCCACGAGGUGAGAUCUUGCAUGGAGCCCCAGGCCAGGGAGAUUACAGUUCUUUUGUGUUUCUUCCAUUUGCGAAUAAUCGCACCAACUGUUGUCACCUUCUCACCAAGCUGCCUGGCGAUGGUCUUGUAGCCCAUUCCAGCCUUGUGUAGGUCUACAAUCUUGUCCCUGAUAUCCUUGGAGAGCUCUUUGGUCUUGGCCAUGGUGGAGAGUUUGGAAUCUGAUUGAUUGAUUGCUUCUGUGGACAGGUGUCUUUUAUACAGGUAACAAGCUGAGAUUAGGAGCACUCCCUUUAAGAGUGUGCUCCUAAUCUCAGCUCGUUACCUGUAUAAAAGACACCUGGGAGCCAGGAAUCUUUCUGAUUGAGAGGGGGUCAAAUACUUAUUUCCCUCAUUAAAAUGCAAAUCAAUUUAUAACAUUUUUGACAUGCGUUUUUCUUUUUUUUGUUUGUUGUUAUUCUGUCUCUCACUGUUCAAAUAAACCUACCAUUAAAAUGAUAGACUGAUCAUUUCUUUGUCAGUGGGCAAAUGUACAAAAUCAGCAGGGGAUCAAAUACUUUUUUCCCUCACUGUGUGUAUAUAUAUAUAUAUAUAUACUUUUACUGCCAGGGAAGCCCUGUCCGUCUGUCCUCAGCCCAUCCCUGACCCCUGACCCCUGAACCCUGGUAGAUUUUGAAGCCUUGCACCAGAUUAAGUGUCUCCGUCUGUGACCUCAUGUUCCCUUUGAGGCUUGGGUAGAGACGUCUACUGGGAAAGACAAGGAAUAUGAUGCUGAUGUAAAAAGCUUAUUAAAUACAAAAGUAGUAUAUUGAGGUUAAUUCAAACAGUAUAAACACAUUAUCAGAUACAAAUAAAUGGAUUGCUGGCAUAUUUGUUUAAUGUUAAGAGCCACUGCUCAUACUCAUGUCACAUGACCCUAACCUGCCCUGUAUUAACAUUGAUCUCCUCCUUGUAUGUGUGCUCAGCCAAUCAAAAUGCUCUCUACUGCAAUAAUAACAGCAGAAACAAUAACAAUGAAGCUAUCUGAUAUGAGUCCAGGUUGGAAGGAGCAGUCAGAAAUCUGUGGGGUGGGAUUCAUGUUGGUAAAACCCCUCCCUCGUCUUCUCCCCUCCUGCUCUCUCGCUCCAGUUAACCCCACCAGCUUGCCUCUGGGCCGACCCCGUGUAUGUCUCUGCUGCUGCUCAAUGCUGUACUCAUAUCAUUAUCAUCCGACGCAGGUGUGCUGGGGAUGCCGGCCCUACUAUAACACCACCCCCUAAUGCACAAUACAUACCCCCUUAUUCACCACUACACCACCUACCAUACACUGAGAGAAAGGACCAUUUGUUACAGGGGUUUACUACCUAUUCACUAUCUUUCUCUUUGUCUCUCUCUUCCUCUGUAUUUCUCUAUCUAUAUUUUCAUGUCUAUCUUGCUUGCGCUCUCAUUCUUUCUCAUCAUCAUCUGAAGUGUAGCUAAAACGUGAUUGACACUAGGGGCCUAAACAGUAAGGCCCAUCCCCCCCAGGGCAGGUCGAUAUGUGGCGAAAGGGGGGCCUCAACAGUGAGGCCCCUCCCCCCAGGGCAGGUCGACAUGUGGCUGAAGUGGGGAGGAGGGAGGGAGGGUUUUUGGCAUCCUCAUUAUGCAGAUAGGGACACACACUGAGAGGAGAAUCCCUAUACGAGAGAGAGUGGGAAACAGAAGGAGAGGGAGGGGCCUGAAGAAAGGCAGAGGAGGAGAAGAAAUGAGGGAGCGGUACAUGAUGGACAGAAGAGAGCGGUGGGGGGGGGGGGGGGGUAUUAUUGAGGGGGUGAGGAGUAGGGUGCAAAGAAUGAAAUAUAAGGCGGGGAGAGAUGGAAAGAUGCAGUUCUAGUAUUUUGAUUUUGAAUUUGUGGUUUAAACACACACACACACACACACACACACACACACACACACACACACACACACUGACUGGACAACAGGAUGUAGCUAGCCUGAGGGUAUAGUCUUCAUCAACAGCACUCCAGUCCUCCUGUCUGUCUGUCCCACCAGUGUACUUCCUGUGGCAGCCCUGGGCCUUGUCUAGGAGGUCAUCUGAUGGGUUUUACUAAAGCAGCGCACACAGCCUCUGGAGACUAGGGCUGUGUCUCAAAUGGCAUCCUAUUCCUUAUAUAGUGCACUACUUUUGACAAGGGUCCAUAGCACUGAGGGAUAAAAGAACUGGAGACUGCGUCCAAGAUGUCCGACCGUUGUUGUCAACGUAAUCUACUCGCGUUCGCAUACACCGUCUAUAUCCGGGUUGCAUCCAGUUUACACGGCCCAACUUCACAUGCGCACUAGCACUCAGUGUGCACAGGGAGCAGCGUGAGCAGCGACGACGUCAUCCAAAAACAUGGCAGACAUUGGAUGAAUAUAAAAUGUUAAUAUCUUCGGCUGUGAGUGAUGGAAAAAAAUUGUCCUCAGCGACAAUUAUUUGAAUAAUUCAAUGGAUGUUUUGUGCACAAUGGUGAUGACUAAAGUGUCUUAUUAGGAAUUUUCUAAUCUGACUUCUCUAUGUGGCUGUCUAUGGAAAUUGUCUUUCUGGGCCGGACAUCAAUUCAACUGCAGUACUGAAGCAAGAACCGUGCUUCUAGACCGGAACCCUGGCCCCUUGGUCGAUAAGACUCAGGUCAAUUAGGGAAUAGGGUGUCAUUUGGGACGCACUCUAGGAGCAUAGCUGCAGCUACUCCUCCUCAGUCAUUUUUUGUUAUUUUACCCACUUUUUCUCCCCAAAUCUGUGAUAUCCAAUUGGUAGUUACGAUCUUGUGUCAUCGCUGCAACUCCCCAACAGGCUCGGGGGAGGCAAAGGUCGAGUCAUGCGUCCUCCGAAAUAUGACCGCGCUGCUUCUUAACACCUGCUCACUUAACCCGGAAGCCAGCCACACCAAUAUGUCGGAGGAAACACUGUUCAACUGACGAAUGAAGUCAGCUUGCAGGCACCCGGCCCACCACACGGAGUCGCUAGAGCGCGAUGACCCAAGGAAAGCCUCCCGGCCAAACCCUCCCCUAACCCGGACGACACUGAGCCAAUUGUGCGCCGCCCUAUGGGACCCCCGGUCACGGCCGGCUGUGACACAGCCUGGGAUCAAACCCCAGGCUGUAGUGAUGCCUCAACACUGCAAUGCAGUGACUUAGACCACUGCGCCACUCGGGUGGCCUCCUCCUCAGUUAUAACACAACAGCUGCAGUGGUGUAACACUGCUAUCAAUUAUGAUCAACUCAGAACACUGGACAGUUACAGUGUCUACUCAUUUUUCUCUCAUUCUCCAUUCCAUCUCAUCAUUGUCUUUGUUCUCACUCAGUCUUGCGACCCAGUCUUUCCCGUGAGAAGUCAUCAGUCUGAUUUAAGCAGACAGCAGGCCCACACGCUGCCUGUGGUUGGUUGGUUGCUUGGCUUCGUCUCAGCAGCAUAGCUUUCAUAGUUCUAUGAGGAGUGUUCGGGAGGGAAGGUGUGAGGCCCAAUUCUCCUUUCUGUGGGGGGUAGGCUUGGUGUCAACAGACAUCUUUGCUUUGUGCCAAACCGAGGGAGAGGGAAUGGGGAGAGUAAAGGGGUGAGGAGGGGUGUACAGUCCAUAUCGUGCGCCCCUUUAUACACUCCCUCCCUUUAUACACUCCCUCCCUUUAUACACUCCCUCCCUUUAUUCACUCCCUCCCUUUAUUCACUCCCUCCCUUUAUUCACUCCCUUUCUCCUCUUGGGGUUCAACUGUAAACUCAGAGUUGAUGGGAGGAACCUCCUGGGUAGCCUUCCACUGCCAAAAUCACUCUCACAUGAACACACACACACACACACACACACACACAGACACCAUUUAUACCCCCUUCAUGUCCUGGGAGCAUUCUUGGUAUCCCACCGCUCUACUCUACUGAACGCCCGGCCAAACAGCCAAACUCACAGUUGAAUUGGAAUCGACUAUCCACACAGAGAGGGAAUACUUUCAGUUGCAUGGAGUUAAGAUGUGUGGACAAUAUAUUCUGCUCUCACUCAGAAAUACUUCCAGGUGUUGAACGAUGUGCUUUUGGCUCUUUUUUUUGUGUUUCCCUCUUUUGAAAUGAAUGCAACCUUUGGUUCCGCCCAAGUCCUUUGAAAGUCGAUAGAGUGGUUGGGUGUAGGUUACGUGAGAGAAAUGAUACAGUGAAAUGUAGCCUUUUAUUUUUAUUUUUUAUUUUUUUAUAGAGAGCCUGGAGGUUAUUCUGAAUGUGGCUGGUAUCAUGCACAGAACUUGGACAGAAGCCCACGAUAAGACUGGUAUUGGUAUUGAAAGUUGUAUAAAAAAAAAUGAAAUUCAACUCCUGUCAAAAUCAGCUGUUGACAAUCACGUCCAUUUGAAACAUUCCACUGUAAUCUUUCUUUUUAAGCAGGUAUGUGGAUAUUUGUUAUAUUGAAGUGUUUUUUUAGGCUUGAAUGUUUAUUUCGUUUUUACAAGAUACACUUUACACAGAGUUGAAAUGGAACGGUACAGAUGUCAAAAAGCUCAGAUAAAGUUCAUGUCCGUUCUUCACCUUUUACCUGGACGCCACUUAAAGCUUGUUCAACCCUUUCUUGGGAUUUUUAUCUUCGACAUCCAGAGUUACAAGGCUACUUUAAAAGCAUAAUCCCUGGUGUUGUACUGUGAAAUAUCAUUACUCAGUAUGGGGCAUUAGGGUCUGAGAAUGGGGGGCUUUGUCAGUAAGGCUGUUUUAGCCCCACAGCCAGACUUUACUAAUGCUGGUCAGGAGAGGAUAAGGAGUGAAUAUCAGAGGUAACCCUCACACACACACACCCUGAGGUAACCCUCACUCACUCACACACACACACUCACACACACACACACACACACACACACACACACACACACACACACACACACACACACACACACACACACACAGAGGUAACUCACACACACACACACGCACAGACACACAGACAGAGAGAGUAACCCUUAAUGUGGUGGUAAAGCUCCUGUCUGUCUUGCCCUAGGGCAGCUUUCACGCUCUACUGACCAAUCUUUCCAGGAAGUACAUGGGGUACAGGGGGGAGGAAGGGGGUACAGGGAGGGUGGUGGGGGGUACAGGGAGCACCCCGCCGAGCCACAACGGUAACCAGGCUGCACGCUGGGCCCAAAUCAAAGGGGGCACUCUGUCUGUUCCUGGGGGUAGUUUGUGUGUGUUUGUGGGGGGAGGUUCAGUGUGUGUGUGUGUGUGUGUGGGGAGGGGGUUCCGUGUGAGUGCAGGAGGAACCACAGGAUAAUAGUUUUCUUGUGGAAGCCUUAGACAUGUUUGUGUAAGUGACAACGUCUGUCUACCUCUGUCUGUCUCUCAUCUCAGGAUGUAUCCCAAGUGGCACCCUAUUCCCUAUAUGGCGCACUACUUUUGACCAGGUCCCAUAGAUAAGGUCAAAAGUAGUGCACUAUGUAGGGAAUAGGGUGCCAUUUGGGAUGCAACCUGUGUCUCAUCUCAGACUAUGAACCGCUGUGUAACGACACCAUUAAGAACACUAAGGUCAACCCUCCUGCUGAGAACAUAAUCACUGGGGACUGGAACCAAAAAUAUACAAGGAUGUUACGUUGGUGACGGGGGGAGGGUUAUCUCUACCAGUAUUGUUGUUUUUACAGACAAAUGUAGACCUCCUUGCCAGAUGAUGGCAUGCAAUCAUUAGGGUCUGUGACCAAAAAUGCUACAAUGUUAUGUUGCGGAAUACUUCUCUAACUUGACUGUUGUUGUUGUAUUGAUAGACUGAGACAGGUCUGGGUCUAGACCUCCAUACCAGGCCAGAUGAUGAAGAGCCUCCAGUUCAGAAGCAUCGCCCCCAAGGCCCCAGCAGCGUUGGUUCCCUCCCCGGCCGCCGUCCUGUCCUGCCAGCACCCCUCUGCCCUCCCGGAAGCAGCCUCCACAGCCGUCAGCUCCAAGUCUAUCCUGGUCCCGGCCCAGAACUAUGCCCUGAUGCAGGUGGCAGGGCAGGAGGGUACCUUCUCUCUGGUGGCCCUACCGCCCUCCGUAUCCCCUCAGUCGCCACAGCAGCAACAACAGCAGCAGCAACAGCCAAUCCAGAAGAACCUGAAGCUGCCCAUCCCCAGGUACCAGCCAGUGAGGACCAAGAACACCCCGGAGAAGGUCAAAUCAGUCACGCCCACCGCUGGCAACGCCAGGGGGGUGAAGACACCCACCAAGGUUGCCAUGACAUCCUGGGAACAACGGUCAAUAGCAGCAGUAAAGAAGAAGUUGUCAUUGCCUGAGCCCAAGGAGGAGCCAUCAGAACAGGUCAUACUGAUCGACUCUUCAGCCUCCUCUGAGAUCUCAGCCCUCACAGCCCUGCUCCCAGACAACGCCGUGCUCUACUCUGGCUCUCCGCUGGAGCGAAUAGCAGUGGUGGACACCACCACCGACCACCGGUCCACUCCUGCCCACGCCCCCGGCCCUGUCACCAGCAUGCUGCAGAACCUCCACUACCCAUCUGGUGGCGUUACUAAAAGCUCCCCAGUCAAACCAUCACAGGAGGAGAGCAGCGGUAAGGUUGCUAUCAGGCCGUGCCAACCCAAACCUACGGCCCAACAGCCCCAGCCCCAUCCACAGCCAGCUAGUAGCAGCAUCACCGUCCUCUCUCCAGCCAUCUUCAGCAAAGCUGUCCAGAUCAUCCCCUCCCCACCCAAGGGCAAGCUGCCCAUCCUGCCCUACUCCAAGAUGAAAAGCACCCUCAUACCCGCCGCCAAACUCAACCUCAACGCCAUGUCCCCCAAGAAGGCUUUCCCUAGCCAGCCCGGCCUCUCCCCUUAUCCCUCUGAUCCCCAGUCCAAGACCCCGGAGACUGCUGAGGCCCUAUGUCAGAACCACAUGCCAAACUCCCUGCUGCAGAACCAGGCUCAGGCCAAGACCACAGGCACCCUGUCGCUGCUGGGAAUGCUACAGAUCCAGAAACCACCGGGCAAGAAGAGGGGGAGGAAGAGGAAGACAAUGGAGGACAUUCUGGCCUUCGAGGCGAGGAAGAAGAGGUCGUUGUCGUUCUUUCGGAGGAGGGUGCCAGAGAAGCCUUCUCCCUCAGCCAUCAUCUCCUCCCCACUGUAUAAACAGCAGAGGGAGGUGGACAUCUCUAAGAAGUACCGCAGCAUCAGACCCAAACCUCACCACAUGCUGCUGAUGGAGACUGUACCCCAGCUGGUCAGCCUGCCCUCCCUCACCUCCUCUGACAGCCUGGAUCCAGAGCUCCUCGUGGGUCAUCAGCUCUCUGCCGAGGUCCUGGAGCCUGGUCCUCCCCAGCCCCAGCCAGCCUCUACCCCGCUAUACCUGAAAGGGGGCCCUUCUCAGAGGGUCUACCUGGGCAGUAGCCAGCCCCUCCAUCGCUGCCCUACCUGCAGCCGCUGCUUCCAGUUCAAACACCACCUCCAGAGCCAUAUGAACAGCCACACAAACAGCAGGCCUUACUUGUGUCCUGUGUGUCGUAAGGCCUAUGCCCACUCUGGCUCCCUGAGCACCCACAUGAAGCUGCACCACUCUGACGGGAGACCACGGCGGACGCUUCGCUGUGAGUUCUGUGAGAAGGCAUUUGGCUACGUGGGAGUGUACUUCAGCCAUUUGAGGGAGGUGCAUAAGGUCAUCCUGACCGUGGAGCCGUCCAUCAGCCAGCAUGAAGAUGAUGUGCCUGUGGAGGGGUGAGUACUUAAAUAUUCAGCAUUAUAAACCUACAUACCUUUUAGAAAUUGAAAACCAGUCAAGGUGUGGAGAAAUGCUAGAUGCAAAAAAUAAGGUGAACAUCUUCUAUAUUUAAAGGUUUAACAGAUGUUGACAGACAUGGACAGACAUAUGCAUAUGGGAAGACAGACACGUUCCUCUAAGAGGUUUGCAGAAAGUCUCACCCCCUCCAGCGGGGAGAGCAAACCUAAAUACUCCUUAUCUGUUGGUUGUCUCAUCCUUCCCUGUCCUGAGUCAAAACAUUCAAUCAAGGCUGAGACCUAGGGGUUGAAUAGACUAUACAUUUGAAACGUCUUAAUUGCUUAAGGACACCCAUGGCCAAUGUUAUGGCUCAAGGGCCCAGAUCUCAGUUACUAAGACCUGCUUUAUGUUGGCCUCCAGGUACCCUAGAGAGGGUACCUGGAGGCCAAAUUCCAAUAGGGAAUAAUCAGCAGAUGAUCGUUCUUAACAAUACUGGUAUACUCAUCUCAUCCAUAGGACUUGAGUCUUGACGUUUGAACAUUCUGGCCCUUCACUUUUCAUAAAACACCACAGUUCUUCCUCCCAUCAUGUCUGUCUCCAUGUUGUUUGUGUCUCCAGGGCCAUGUCUCCAGACCUGGGGGACGAGCAGGGCCAGGAGGAGCGAGAGGACCCUGUGGAACUCCAGAUCAAGUGUAGCCGCUGUCAGGCCAUCACCCCCACCUUCGCUGACAUGAAGCUGCACCUGCUGUACGUGCACGGAGAGGAGGUCCAGGUGCGCCUGCGGGACGGGGCUGGGGGGGUGGGAAGGUCACUGCGGGGGGGCCGGGAGGCAGAGGACGAGCUGGUGAAACACGCCGCCCACUACUGGCGCCAGCUCAACGAGAAGAGGAACCUAGUCCGGUGCGGGAGCUGUGAUGAAGAGUUCUUCUCCUUCUCCAAGCUGAAGCGUCAUAUCCUCUCCCACCACCAGGGGGGACCGGAGAAUGAUGGAGAUGGAGAGGGGGAGCCGACCGGCCGCUCAGCCCGAGGAGGGAGAGGGGUCCUGAGGCAGGGAUUGGUGUUUAACUGUGUGCUGUGCAGUCAGGUCCUGGACAGUAAGGAGGAGGUGAUGGAGCACUGGAUGGGCCACCACCACUGUGAGGAGACCGAGGUACUCUGGGAGGCCCUCGGCUCCUACUCGGGGGACAGGGAGAUGGACUCGCCCGACCACAGCACACGU